AUGGCCGAACUCAAGGCGAAAUUGAUUUUGGUCACAUACAGAGAGCCCGGGACCCACGACGAUGACAUCAGAGUGUUCUCCUUGCACGAUGAUACUACCAUUCCCUCAGCAAUCGCUUACCAGCCGGAUGGGAGAUUCACGAUUGGCCGGCAAGCUAUGCAAGAGCACAACUGCAUCUUCUGGAUGAAGCUCUUGCUAAGCAAUCAUCAGAUUUUGAGCGAUUACAACAACACGUCCCUUACCGAGAUCGUCCGGCGGGAGUGGGUGCGACUCCCCGAAAACAAAAAGGAUGUGUCUACUGUCGUGGCAGACUUUUCACGCAGCCUACUGGAUAGUCUCCGGACGACUUUACAUCAGAUCCCCUAUCUCACCGACCCGCCUACAGUAUAUUACUUCACAAUUCCGGCUACCUGGUCGGAGUCGGCCCGCAUGGAUAUGAAAAAAGCCGUUCAAUUGGCGGGAUUCGAGAAGCGCUCGGUUCAUCACUGA